UCAAGUGGCUGGUCGCUUUAUUUCAGGCGUCACCAACCACCUUUUUGAAUUCUGAAGCUCCAACCAUACCAAGCUCAGUUGAAACUCGAAAGCCAAUGGCAGCCAAAGAUGGUGGCGAGGUGUCUUCAAAGCUCGUUUUAUAUUCAUACUGGCAGAGCUCCUGCUCAUGGCGUGUUCGCUUCGCGUUGAACCUCAAAAGGAUUUCAUAUGAGUACAAAGCUGUGAACCUUCCAAAAGGAGAGCAGUUUACUCCAGAGUUUGAGAAGUUGAACCCUCUCCAUUUUGUUCCGGUUCUAGUUGACGGUGACAUUGUUGUAUCCGAUUCAUAUGCAAUCUUGAUUUAUUUGGAAGAAAAAUAUCCUCAAAGAGCUCUCUUACCAGCUGAUUGUCAGCAAAAAGCUCUGAAUCUUCAGGUUGCCAGUAUUAUCAGCUCUAGCAUACAGCCUCUUCAUAUGCUGUCAAUUCUGAAAUAUCUUGAGGAAAAAGUUGGCCCACAAGAGCGACUCCUAUUUGUUCAAACUAGCAUUGAAAAAGGUUUCCUUGCUCUGGAGAAACUGCUGAAAGAUUUUGUUGGCAAAUAUGCCACAGGAGAAGAAGUGUACAUGGCUGAUGUAUUUAUGGCACCUCAGAUUGCUGUGGCUACAGAACGGUUUAAGAUUGAAAUGUCCAAGUUCCCUACUUUAAGUAGGAUAUAUGAAUCUCAAAAGGCAUUACCGGAAUUCGUAGCUGCCUCCCCUGAAAGACAACCUGAUGCUGUGCAGUAAUUUUGGUGAGUAGUUACAACCACAGCUUAAUGCUGAGAAGUCUAAAAUCUUCAAAGACUAUACUGUUUCUGCUAUUUGUUUUAAGUUACUAUUCUAAGAUUUUUUAAGCUACAGAAAACCCCUGAGAUAUCAAAAGGUAAAUGUGUCUAUGUUGUCUAAAAUCUAAAUCAGCAGUAUUGAAAGGGUCAAACUAAAAAAGUUUAUAUAAACACAAGUAAGCUGCAUAUCCGAUGAAUGCUCUCCCGCCAGACUUUGGGUCCUUUCACAUGUUUCUUCUUUUAAUCCACCUUGUAAAUUGGUACUCCUUCUUUGUCUAAUUUUUUUUAUAUUUUAUUUUACUU